AUGGUGCUAUCCCCGCGGCCGUGGCACGCGCUGGUGGCCCUGUCGCUCUGCACCCUGCUGUGCUUGGCUGCGCUGGCGGCCGCGUACCCCGCCAAGCCCGAGAGCCCCGGGGACGACGCGUCCCCCGAGGAGAUGGCCCGGUACUUCUCGGCCCUUCGCCACUACAUCAACCUGGUCACGCGACAGAGGUACGGCAAACGCGCCAGCCCCGACGCCGUGGUGACGGAACUGCUCGUGGGGGCCGGCAGUGACAGGUCAAGGUACGACGACGACUCCGCAUGGUGACGGCACCCUCCUCCAGUCCCUCUGUCCCCCAAACCCUCCC